AUGCAGUCGUACGGCGAUGCUCCUCCACCAUAUCCUGGUAUUAAUGUGCAACCAUCAGCUCCCACUAUAGUUACGUCCAAGGGCGAUUAUCAAGGUGUACCUGUCUAUGAACUCGGAUCUAACAAUGCACCAGUUUAUGGUCAAACUACUUAUCCAGUGUCACCCUCAAUGAUGCAACCUAGUCAGACAAUAAUUCGUCCUGGUAAUAUUCAAGUUGGUCACAAUCCAGUUCAUUGUAUUUGUCCCCAGUGCCAUCAACAAAUUGUAUCCCGAGUUGACUAUGAGUCAGGAUCAUUUGCGUGGCUGAUGUGCUUAUUACUUACAGUUAUUGGUUGUAUUCCAUGUUGUAUUAUACCAUUUUGUGCAUCAUCGUGUCAAGAUGUGACUCAUUCAUGUCCAAACUGUUCGGCUUUAAUUGGUCGCCGAAAAAUUCUUUGA